GGGGGGAGGGAGAGGAGCCGGGGGAGCGCGCGCUCGUAUGUAAAUGAGCGGGCGUGAGGUCAGAGGCAGAUGGAAAAGGGAACAGAAGGAAUGGCCGCCGCGGCUCCCGCUCCUCCUGCCGCCGCCUCCCAGUGCCGGAGUCCCCGCUGCACGGCGGAGCGCAGGGGAGUCCGCCGAGAACUCGACUCCUGGCGGCACCGGCUCAUGCACUGUGUGGGUUUUGAAAGUAUUUUAGAAGGGCUUUAUGGACCAAGGCUACGAAGAGACCUCAGUUUAUUUGAAGACUGUGAGCCAGAAGAGCUAACUGACUGGUCUAUGGAUGAGAAAUGUUCCUUUUGUAAUUUACACAAAGAAACAGCCAGUGAUCGUGCAUCAGUUAUCGGUUCUUCACAGUCAACGCCUACAGAGGAACUGUCAUCUCAGGGCCAGUCCAACACUGAUAAGAUUGAAUGCCAAGCAGAAAACUAUCUAAAUGCACUCUUUCGAAAGAAAGAUCUUCCUCAGAACUGUGAUCCUAACAUUCCCCUAGUUGCUCAGGAAUUAAUGAAAAAAAUGAUCCGUCAGUUUGCGAUUGAGUACAUUUCAAAAAGUAGCAAAAUUCAAGAGAACAGAAAUGGUUCAUCGUUUGAACCAAGUCUGAUGUGUAAAAGUGUCCAAAUGAACCAAACGGAAAACUCCCUUCAGGAAGAACAGGAUAGCCCUCUAGACCUCACUGUGAAUCGAACUCAAGAACAGAAUACUCAGCAAGGGGAUGGAGUGCUAGAUCUCUCUACAAAGAAAAGCGCAAGGUUGGAAGAACCAAAAUACGAUCCAUUGUGUUCUGAAAACUCAGUGUCUGGUUCAAGCUCAACAGCUGAUGCAAAUUCAGAGGAAACAGCUAAUUUGGAGAAAGGAAAAUCAACAUUAAACAAAGUUUUGGAGUCUUUUUGUUCAUAUCACUGGCAACAGACUCUGGCUAUGUUAAAAUUUUUAAUACAAGAUGAGAAUGUUCCUAUAGUUUGCAGUUGCAAGCAAACACAUUUGGUCCACUCUGAAACUCCCAGUUCCCUUACUGAAGAGGAUGUUCACAUUUCAUUUUGCAAUUGCGAUGGACAUGUGCUGACGAAAAGGUGCUGUUUACAAAAUCAAAGGCCAAACACUUGUUUACCACCUCUCUCUGUUUGUAUUAAAGAUUUCCCUUCUUUGUCAUGCCAAGCUGUAACGAUUGGAUGUAUUAAGACAAUGGUGAACAAAGCAUGUAGUUCUCCUAAGUAUUGUGCUGACCAAUUGCAAAAUUAUAACAGGCAUUCUGUGAAAGCAGCAGCAUGUACAUACUCAGCUAAGGACUGUGAUCUCCUAAGCGGCAUUAAAAAUGCAAAUAGAUCUCGCAGCCCAUCACCACCUCCACUGUCACCUGUACACAGCAAAGAAUUUGAAUCAUUGGAAGGAUCGGUUAUGGAUUUUCCGACUUUGGACAACAACAAGCUUGAAAUAUCCAUCAACCAGCCUCCGUCCCUCUUGCCAGCUGAAGGAAGCAAAGAAGAAUUUGAAUAUGGAAGUAAAACAUGCAAAGGGAAAGAGACCGAAUGUUCAGAUGGAACAUGGAUAUCAACAGACCCCCAAAGCAGUGAUGAUUACAUUAGUUCUGAGAAGUCUGAGCAAGGUGAACAUUCUGCCAUUUUUCAAGGUUUAAUGGACCGCAUUAAUGAAAAGCUGAAAUCAAUAGACACUACAGAUAUAGCAACAAAUCUUGUAAAACUUUCUAGCAGUGACAGGGCACCAGAAAACGAUGUCAAGUUAGGAGACUUCGUAACGUCUCUUUUGCAUAAUGCCAAGGCAAGUGAUUACAGCUUUAUGGAAUUACUUCGCCAACACGAUAAACAAAUGGAAAAUAAAAUUAUCCAGACAAGAUUUCGCAAGCGUCAGGAAACUUUAUUUGCAACAUAUAAUUCUCCUGAUUCACCAGUCAUUCGACGACAGUCUUUGCAAAUCAAGAGGGAGCUUGCAAGCCUUGAUGAAACUCUUGUAAGAAAAAAGUCAAUUUCUGAGAGAAAUGCAAAAAAAUCUACAAAAAAAAUUGAUAAAAUACAUCCAAAUAAAAGACAUCGUUUUACUGUGAUAGAAGAUGAGGCUUUGCAACAUCUUGAAAGUAACCCAUGUGUGAAUUGCCAAACCAAACCAAUGUGCUUUCCAGUACACCAAACAGAGUCUUUCAAACUACCUCUUACUAAUUUUCAAACCAGUUCUGGCUUUUUAGUUCUUUCAGAAAACAGUGCUAUUGCAGCCAGCCAGGCAAAACUCCCGAAUACACAAGGAGAUGGUGCACCCUUAAAAGAGACUGGUCAGAUUUCUCUAAAGGAUGAGAAUAAUGAAAUCUUGGGCAGAACUAAACGUAACAUUGUGCCUCCUGGAUGGUACUCUGUGUAUGUAACAAACAAUGUCAUGUUUAGAAAGUCAUCCAGUGCAAAAAAGUCUUUAGAAAGUUUGGAAAACAUUAAAAUAAAUAAAGAUGUUGAAAGAUGUAGUGACAUAAAUAUAAGCAAAAUUGUGAGAGACACAAAUCUGCAAGUUGUUGUGGAGCGUUUAGAAGAUACAUUAAACUUAGCCAGGAGUAACAACUCAUUAUUGGAUAGUUACAAAAUAAGCCAAAAAUUAAAAGAUAAUGCUUAUGAACAGGUUAUGAACCCAGUUGCUAGAAGGGGCUUACCCUUUACUCUAAGUGAAACGGGAUGCACAGGACAAAGCUUCCUCUCACAUCCACAUGUGCCAAGCAGCAGUAAAAUCAGAGCAAUUUGUGUCACAACAAACCAACAAGAAAUGGUUAUAGAUCAAGAAAUUAAUGACGGCCUUUUGAAAUCUCUGACCUUUAGUUCAUCCAGCUCAACUUCCAGUAAUGGGGACUUGCAAGCAACACCUGAAGCUGGGGAGAUCUCAUCUCCCUUAAACUACUCUAGUCCUAUUAAGCUUAUGUUUGUUUCAGAGGUCAAUAGUCAUGAAGGAGUCAAAUACACUUUGACAUCUGCAACUGCAUCUCCUAAAGGAAGCACAGAUCUGUGUUUGUUUCAAGGGCACAUGAACACUUUGUUAGACAAACAGGCCACAGGAGACCUUUCUCAUGCAGUCUGUGUUAAGGACUGUGAUUACAGUGAAAAUGAUACCAAGGAGGAGUCAAGUUGUGUUUAUGCAGAAGCAAUUACAAGCUCUUGUCCAGUUGGUCAGGCUAACGUAAAUGAUUUGAAAAAAAAUGAUGAAGUUGUAGAGAAAUCAAGCAGUAGCAGUGAAUUGGUUUUAAAAAGAAAACCUGGUAGACCAAAGAAAAUAGGUCCUCAGGUAGUUAAGCAGGUUAAGAGACCUAUUGGACGGCCUCCAAAACCAAAAAUGGAUAUGAAUGGAAGCACAAAAGCUAGACCUGAACUUAGCAGUGGUGGUAAAAGCAACAAGUCUGAUGCAGCAGUAAUGGAAGAAGCUAACAGCAACAAAAAUAUUACUGUGACAGUUGUUUUUGGAAGGUCAAGAAGAACGAAGAGACAUGUUUCUGAAGGUAAUCUAAAUGUAAUUAGCAAGCUGCCCACACAACAUAAUGAUUCUGAUUUUGCCAAUGACCCCAGCAAAGUGAAGCACAAUACAGAAACUGGAAAUUCUUUGACUGAAAUAGUAAAAGCCUUUCAAAAUCCUUCUACUGAAAAGGAGGAGGUCUCUGGUUAUGACUAUGUCAGACCUAUCAAGAGUAACCCAGCAUCGCCACAUCCUUGCAGCAAUGUCAUACGGCAGAUUAAGAAACCAUUAACCACCGUUCGAAAACCUGGUAGGCCAGCAAAAGUAAAAAUUUCUGGCAUAUUAGUGACUGUUAGUAGACUUUCACCUCAGGAAAGAAAAGUGAGCAUUAGCAACGGUUUGCCUCCUUUACAACAGCAGAAUGUGUUAGAAAAAACCAUACCACAGGAGAGAAAAAAUCAACUGUGCAAUAAUAUGGGCCAAGUGCAGAAAGAUUCUAGAGAGGAUGGAUCACCCAAUGUUACUACAGCAAUGUCAAGAAAACGUGAAAUGCCAUCAAGACAUUCUGCCAGAGACAGAAAACCCUCACUGCAUUUUUUACAUUCAUUAGCAUCUUCUAGUGCAUUUACUUGUAGAAGUGCCUUACUACAUAAAUCUUAUAAACUCCAUUUGAAAAAAGCUAAAGAGCAAAAGGAAAAACAUGCCCAAUCAAAUCAGAGCACAGCAUCCAAAGAUACCUCAGAGCUGAGAAAUUCAGGAAAUGCUAAAAAGGAUCUUAAGGAUGGUGAAUUCGGGCACAUUAAUGAAGUAUCAUCAGAUCCCAUAUUUUCAUCAAAUCCCUCUCUCAGGUGGUGGCCUACUUCCACUUCAAGUGACACUUUGUUGGAAGAACUAAAUAAUAGAUUUGAACAGAUAACUAAUACCUGGUUGCGUGUGGGGGGAAGUGAGUUUGAAAAAUGUGUAUGUGAAAAAAGGGAUCCCAUUGAACAAGACUGUAAUACUGAAAUGUCAAAUCCUUUAGACUCCUGCCUUGUAGAACUUGAAACAUCACCUGUAAAAAUGCUUUUCCAGAAAAAGUGUAAUAUGAAUGAACUCUGCACCUGGUUUAUGCAAACUACAGAAACACAGUCUCUCUCUUUAGUGAGAAAGGCAAAUGCUCGCAAUCCCUUAGAAGUAGUUAGUACUAGAGAGACAAAGACUGAAACUAAACAAUCUGAUCCUAGUACUUGCCCUUUCAGAAAGCACUUUAAAAAGUUUGCACUAUCCUCCCCUUCAAAACCAGCAGGGAAAUUGCAAAUAUUGCAUAACAUGGUGAGGUCUCCAGUCUUAAGCAUGAAAAGUAAUUUCACAUUAGCCAGAUUAAAAAGAAAUGAAUUUAAAAAGUUGCAGCAUGAUAGGUGGGGACAAACAAAAAAGCUCUAUAAUGCAGCUCCUGGAGGCUGGAAAUCAAAAAAGAAAAAUUUGCAGUUAUUUUGCCAAAGCCAAUUGUUUAAAAGUACAAGUGGGGAAACCGAUGAUGAAACACCCAAGCUCCAGGAAAAAAAUAUGCUAGAAAUCCAGCCUGCUCAGACUUUGGUAGAGUCUCAGAAUAGCCUCUUGCCAACUGAAAAUGAAGCCAGAGAUGCAUUUGUUCAACAGAUGAUGGGAUCUUCUGACUUUAACCCACAUCCUGGUAUAGCAAAUAUACUUAAGUCACAUUCAGAGACAAAUGGAACAAUUUGUUGCCAGCAAAAUGUUAGAAAAGAACAAAGCCAAGAUAAACUGUUUCAAAAUACUUGGAAAGCCAAAACCUUUAAAGACUGUAGGAUAUUUCUGAGAAAAAUCAACCAUAUUGAGCAGCACAAUUCAUUUAAGCUAAAUAAUGUCCUUUAUUCUUCUGAAACUGUUGACAGUAAAAGCACUCAGGCCUAUAUGGAAGAAAAAAGACAUCCUCUUUUAAGGUCCCAUUCUACUAAGCAAAAUGCAUUAAAGAAACAAGAAAAUGAAAUGGAAACAUCUAAAGGAUCUAAUUCUUCUAAAGUGACUGAAAGGCUGGAUGACCAGUUUCACAGCAGAAAGUUAAGUAGUAGUAUAAACCAGGACGAUAAUCCUGCUGGUAGUUCUGAAGUUCUUAUCAGAAUAAACAAAAGAAAAAGUCCACAAUGGGAGACCACUGAUACAAAUUUAAGAAAAAGGCAUAAGAGACAAUCAUGCAGUAGUGGACAAAUGGCACCUUAUUACCCAAAGUACCAAGUAGGAAGGAAAAGAUCAGAGCAACCAGAGGAAAAGGGUACAAGGCAAAAAUGAGACAAGAGAGAGGCUGAAGAACGACACAAGGAAAUGCAGGGAACGGGAGCCAUACAGCAGUUAUGGAGUGUUGGGAACUAGGGUUAGGAAAUGAGAAAUGCCUGUUUCACGGCCAUGUCAGAAAGGCACACCAACCUUCCGGAGAGCAUGCGUCAAAAUGUGAAAGAAUUAAAACCGUGUUUCGGAUGAUCCGUGAAAAAUAUCCGUGGAUUGUUAUAUAAGCUGUCUUUCCCUCUUGCCAGGACAGAGAAAAAGAUUUAAUCAGUCAGUCCAUGGUAUUUGAGCAAUGCAAGCCAGUAUGUUUUAGGUUAUAGCCCUAUAGUGACUGACUAUCCUCAGCUAACCUGCACACUCAUGAGCACUACACUACAGCAAAUUCAAUCCUUCAGAAUUUGCACCUGAGUCCUGUGAUGAACCUGUUUCCUGAAAUGCAGCAAGUAAAAGCCAUUAAGAGAUAUUUUUUUCUGGUUAAAUAUUCUUUUGCUAGGAAACUGUUUGGGUAGUUUAUAGCAUGGUGCUUACCUCCUACCCCUAAUUACAGUACUUAUGACUUUAUUUUUAGUAUCUCAGUAAUCAGAAAUAUUUUCAACUUUGUAUCAUUUUUGAAGUUCUUGAAAUCUUUGAAAAGGAUGGUGAAAAACAAUGAAUUGCACAUAGCAGGUAAAUCAUUGCAGCAGGUAGACAAUAAAAAAAAAAGUAGGAAUGAAGAGGUUUGAAAUUAGGAUUGAAAUUGUCUUCUGAGUGUGCUUUAUAUAUUAAGGAAGACAUUCUUAACGAUGAAGGUGGUGCAACGCUGGAAAAGGUUGCCCAGAAACAUUCAAGGUCAGGCUGGAUGGGGGUCUGAGCAUCCUUAUCUAGUUGAGAUGUCCCUGCUCAGUGCUAGGGGAGGUUGGACUAGAUGGCCUUUAAAGGUCCUUUCCAACCCAAACUAUUCAAUGAUUCAGUCCACAUGUCUGUCCUAGUCUGUUUAUGACCCCUACAAAGGGCGGGGUUUCUUUCCCUUCUUGUAUUACUUAUUUUCCUAGAUUUGAAACAGAAUCCUGUCUAUGUGUUAGACCUUUCAUGGCUCUACCAAGUGAACAUUGUCAGCAAAAAAAACAAACCCCAAACUCUUGCCCAGGUCCUGCUCUAUCCCUUCAUAGUGCCACCUGCAGAUAAUUUAAGCAAGGCCAGACUGCAGAACCCUGUUAUUGCACUUCUGCAAAGGAACAGCGUGAGCAGAAGACUAACCUGGGAGUGGCUCUGCGAUCCCAACACAAACAAGCCCAGUCUACUUUACAACACAGAGCACAGCACAGUCAGGUUCUAAUCUCAAGUGUUUCUGGAACAUAGUGCAGUAAAACAAAACAAAACCAAAAAAAACCACCAGAACACACAAUCUGCCACCACCUCAUCUUGCCUCUUAUCAGCUUGUUUCCAGGGGAAGAGGAAAGUGUACUAAACUUUUUCUCAUUUUUUUCCCCUCUCCUACCCCCACUUCUCUUC